AUGCUGAGUUUGGCGCGAAUCGGACCAAAACCAAAAGCCCUUUCAAAAUGGCUUCUCGGCUCUUUUUCCUGCACCGCGGUUUAUCACGGUGCUCUUGCUUCUCAAAAACGCACUGUUCUCGCAAAAACACCUCCUCAACUACAAAAGCGCGAAAACAGCGAAGCUGGAAUGACCUGGUCGUCCUUUUGGAAGUAUCUUGGUCAACACUGGCUCGGUCUUUUCGGCGCGUUUUUGAGCACCCUCGCCGCGGCGUAUUUUAAUGUUCAAAUCCCCAUUUCGAUUGGUUCUAUCACUUCCGUCAUAACAACCAUGGUCAAUUCUGGCGAAGCAAUAAGCUUCAAGGAAUACUGGGAGAAAAUCAAGGAGCCGGCAGUGCGAUUUGCGUUCGUUGUAGCUUCCCAGGCGGCAGCUAGCUUUGCCACGAUUUCGAUGCUCUCGCAUGUGAUGGAGGGAGUGGCGGCGAAACUGAGACAUGACUUGUUCGAUGCGAUUCAAAGACAGGAUAUCGAAUUCUUUGAGUUUCAUCGCACCGGUGAAUUAUCCAAGCGAAUCAACCAAGACGUCCAAGAACUAAAAUCAGACGCCAAAAAGCUCCUGAAUUCCGGUAUCAAGGCCAUCGCUCAAACCGCCGGCGUCGUCCAAGUUCUGUACAGCAUUUCCCCAACGCUUACCGCCAGUUUGGGCGUCGGUGUCGGUGGAAUUGUCACAAUCGGAACGAUCAUUGGAAAGAUGCUGAAAAAGCACUCGAUUCAGGCAAACAGGGAUAGCUCCGCUUGCCAGAAUCAUUGCUACGAAUCGCUUUCGAAUAUCAAGACUGUUCGGGCGUUUUCUGCGGAAGACACCCAUCUGGAAUCGUAUGAUGAACUCGGAGAAGUUGCUAAACGAUCAGCAAGAAAACUUGGCUACGGGAUCGGCAUAUUUCAAGGUACAGUCAUUCUCGGGGGCUCAAUGGUCGGUUCGAAUCAACUUUCCGGUGGAGAUCUGAUGGCUUUCCUAGCAGCAGUCCAAAUGCUCCAGAAAUCUCUUGCUACGGUUUCCCAAAUGUUGACAGUUUACAUGAAAAUGAAGAUUGCUGGCGAUCAGGUCUUUCAGUUCAUUACUCUUGAGCCGGGAAAGACGGUGGCGAGUCAGGAUGGAAGACGAAUUCCGCAUUACAAGCUCAUGGGAAAUGUUUCCUUUGAAGAUGUUGACUUCAGUUAUGCAACUCGCCCAGAUGAUCCAGUUCUGAACAAAUUCAACCUGCAAAUGACUUCACAUAAGGUGAUCGCUCUUGUUGGCGCUUCUGGCAACGGAAAGUCAACAAUCGCAGCUCUCCUGGCAAGAAUGUACGAUCCAAGCGGAGGAAAAAUCACCAUCGAUGGAGUUGAUAUCAGAAAUGUCGAUCCGAAGUGGCUCAGAGGCGAUCUCAUCGGCUAUGUCGGUCAGGAGCCAGCGCUUUUUACAGGAACAGUUGCAGACAACAUCCGCUACGGUAAACCAGACGCCAGUGACUUGGAAAUUGAAGACGCGGCUCGCCGCGCCAACUGCCACGAAUUCAUUUCAAACCUGAAAGACGGCUACUUUACGAAGGUCGCCGAGCGCGGAUCAAGCCUUUCUGGUGGCCAAAAGCAGCGCAUUGCCAUUGCCAGAGCGAUAAUUAAAAACCCCGAGAUUUUGAUCUUCGACGAAGCUACGAGUGCGCUGGAUAAUGAGUCCGAAGCUGUUGUGCAAAAAGCGAUUGAGGAAAAUUUCAAGAAUAGAAUGGUGCUUAUAAUUGCUCAUAGAUUAUCAACUGUAAAGAAAGCAGAUGUGAUUCAUGUUGUCGAAGGAGGAAAAAUCGUCGAAUCGGGCAAUCAUGAAGAACUGAUGCGAAAACGCGGUGUAUAUUUUAACUUACAAAAUCAGCAAUCUUCCAAUUUAAAGCAACGAAGAAUAAAAAUCGAGAGAGAUAUCUUCAGCCAAGAGGAAAUCGACGAUGCUCAGUUCUCGCCUGAACCUGCACUUGUUUCUUCUCAGAUCAAAGAUUAUUUCUACGGACUCGGGAGAAAUCUCUUUCCGCCGCUUGAAUGGGUUCCGAAAUACAAGAAACAGUACGUAAUUGGGGAUGUUAUAAGCGGACUGACUGUUGCUAUGAUUCGUCUUCCUCAAGGCCUUGCAUAUGGACUUCUAGCCGGGCUGGAUCCAAUAAACGGCGUUUACCUCGAAUUCUUCCUUUGUAUUAUGUACUCGAUCUUCUCCACAGUCCCUCAAAACUCCACUGGAACAUUUUCAAUCAUCGCUCUCAUGACUGGCGCAGCAGUAGACAAGCAGUUUCCUGCCCUAGCACCGACCAAUGGAACUACCCUUGACACUCUCGGUGCAGAACAAAUGCCGGAGAAGGUCAAAUUUGCCUCAGCACUUGCCCUUGUUGUUGGAAUCAUUCAAGUGCUCUUCGGUUUAUUGAACUUAGGAGCGGUUUCUAUCCUGCUAGCAAAACCCGUUGUGGCUGGUUUUACGACUGCUUCUGCCAUAAUCGUCACAUUAGCACAAGCUACUCAUCUUUUCGGAAUACCGGUCACGCGCUUUUCUGGUUUCGCCAGUCCGCUCAGGACAAUCGGAUCGAUUUUCCAAGGUCUGGCUGGGGGAGUAAAUAUGCCAGCUUGCAUCAUUUCUGCCGUCUCCAUUCCUUUUCUUUACUGCUCAAAACUCGCCGCAAUUAAAUACAAAGAAAAGCUCAAAGGCUAUCCGAUUCCAGCUGAGCUUUUUCUGGUCAUCAUCACGACUACGAUUUGCUAUUUUUUGCCAGAAGACAAUGAAGUGAUCGUUGUUGGGCAGGUUCCGAGUGGUCUUCCGACUCCAGCUGUUCCUCCUGUUGGGAAAUAUUUGAGUGAUUUUAUGUCAGAUGCGAUUUCCAUCGCCGUCAUCGGAUAUUCAACAAACUUAUCCCUUGCGAAAAUUUUCUCCUCCCGCCAUGGCUUUACCUGGUCAGCUAAUCAAGAAGGAUUUGCCCUUGGAAUCGCCCAUAUCUUCGCCUCCUUUUUCACCUGCUUCCCUGGAUCGGCAGCGCUUGCACGAAGCUCACUGCAAGAAUCCGCCGGAGGAAAGAGCCAGUUCUCCUCAGUCAUAAGCGCCUCGAUGAUGUUCUGCAUCAUCGUAUGGGUCGGACCGGUCUUCAAGACGCUCCCACGCGCUGUCCUUAGCUGUAUCGUCGUCGUCAACUUGAGAUCAAUGUUCUUGCAGUUCUAUCAACUACCUGUUCUGUGGAAGACUUCUCGAAAGGAUUUCGUCAUUUGGCUCUCUGCUUUCUUUGGAGUGAUCCUUCUUGGCGUUGAUUUGGGACUGAUCACUGGAAUUCUCUUUCUUCUCCUCUCUCUUGUUAGGGAUCAGACAAAAUCGAUGGUGAUUCAAGUUGAUUCUUACCAAAGAUCGGAAAUUUUUGUUCGCGUUAAUGACAAAUCAGAAAGUCGGAAGAAGCCAAUGGUCAGAUUCACAGGGCCGCUGAACUUUGCCUCAGCAGAUGAGCUAUCGAUUCCUGCGGACACUGCGGUACUUGAUCUUUCACAUGUUGCAUCAUUCGACUUUGUUGGGCUUACAAAACUUGCGGGAGCUCUCAAGAACUUGGAGAGAAUUUCUAUCGUUGGCUGCAAAGAGGAUCUAAGGAAUGGUUCAAGCGCUUCAUCCGUAAAAAAUACUUGA